CUUUUCAUAGGUAGGAACGCGGCGGCAGCACUUACACCAACGGGUUUAGACUUUCGCAGUUCGGUGAAGAAUCUUGCAAUAACGAUUGAAAGCAUAGCGAAGUAGCAUAAGCGAACUAUCGCCGCCGGGCACGCGAGUAACUAGUUUGCAAAAGUUGGCCUCCGCGACUGAGGGCAGUCCGUGGACAGAGCGUAUCGCUAGCGAGCUAAGGAGUCAUUGGCGAUAUACUGAAGACCUGCCAAUACUGGAAUGCCGGACGGCUAUGGAGGACCUCUUGCGGUUGCAAAAGCCCUGGCUUGGACAUAGUGGAGCAGCAUGCUCUGCAGCUGCAUUUACCAGGACGCGGUAGCGCAUCCCCAUGCGCGUGCUGCCGCGCCCGAUGCUACGCCGCCGCCCGCCGACGGGCACGGCUUCCCUCCGUACCCGCCGCCCGCCUCCCUCGCUACACCGCUGACAACGCCGCCGGGGCUCGACGCAUACCUCGCCUCGGCCGCCGUCGCAGCGCAGGCCCAGGCCGCAGCUGGCGCCCGCCCCGGCGCGCCCAAGCCGCGCGGGCAGGCGGGCACGACAGAGGACGUGAGCGUGCGCCGCGCUGCCGGCCUGGCGUUCGUGACGCCCAGCGGCCACCUGAACCUGCCGCCGCUGGACUUUGACGCCCUCACUGGGCUGAGCGGCGGCGGCAGUGGCGCCGGCGCCGAUGCUGCUGGCGCUGGCGCUGCGACAAGCGGCGGCGGCGUGCGGAGGUCGUUCCUAGCGCCCGCCGGCGGCGGCGGCGGCGGCGGCGGCGCCCUGGAUUUUGACUCUUACAUGGACCCGUGGCUGCUGCCGUCACGGCCAAUCACUGGGCACGAAGGCACGGAGCGCGGGGCAGUGCCGGCGCGCGGCCGGCGGGGCCCGGCAGCGGCCGCGGCGGCAGCGCUUGGCGGCAAGGCGCGGCGGCAGCGGCACUACCACCAGCAGGGGCCAGCAGAGGACGUGGACGUCGACGCAGGCGGCGCCAGCAGCAAGCCUCAGAGCCGCGACACAACGGAGUACGGGUACCUAGCACAGCUUGCGCCGCCGCCACAGCAGCCGCAGCCACUGCCGUUUCCACUGCCGCAGCCGCAGCCGCUCCUCGCUACCAGCCGCAGCGCUGCUGCUGCUUCCACCGCCGCCACAGACGACACCACCCGCCCGUUCAGCGGCUGCAGCAGCGUCAUGUCGGGCGGCGGCGGCGGCGGCGUCAUGUCGGGCGGCGGCGGCGGCGCUGGCGGACGAGCAGCCGCCGCUGCCGCCGCCGCCGCUGGCCACGCCGGCCUGCCCGACAUUGCCGAGGGCAUUUGGAGUGGCGGAGGCCGCGGCCGUGGCGGCUCCCGGACGUACACGGGCGCCACUGACGUCUCAGCGGCGGCGGACGACGAGGGCGAGGGCGCCGAUGACGACCGGCGCGAGCGGCGCUGGGUGCGCCGGCUGCUUGCAGGCCUGCGUGGCGCGGACGGGCGCACGCGCACGCCCAGCGUGGUUGUGUUCACGCAGCGCCGCCCGCCGCUCAACCAGCGCCGUGUGGGACAGACCUGGUGGACCAAGAUCAAGGGAUGGGUGGCGGCGGGGCGCGGAGCGGAGGCGGGAGCGGCCGGCGGCGGUGGCGGCGGAGCCGCCUCUGCGGCCGACGCUGCGGAUGGUGACCCGGCGCCGAUGCUCGCAGGUGCUGGCGCCAAUGGUGCGCUGGACUCGCGCGCGCGGCCGCACACGGGGAGGUACUCGGACGUCUGCGAAAUAGGCUCCGUGUGCGUGCCUGGCGAUAGCCAGGCACUGAGCGGCGGGCUGGGCGGCGGGGCGGCAGCGCUGGGGCUGGGGCUGGAUCAGCGGCUAGGUGGGGGCUUCGGCGCCACAUGCGGCGGCCCUGACAUCGACUACAGCCACCGCACCGCCACCUCCCGCGACAGCUCGCCGGACACAAGCGCGCGGUACCGGCGCGACUCGUCACCCGCCCGACAAGCAGCGGCAGCAGCCCCGGCGCAAUACCUGCAGACCGGAAAGCAGCCACGAAUGGCGCCGCCGCCGCCGCCGCUGCCGCAGCCGCAGUCCACCCCCAGCACAAUGCUGCUGCCGCCUCUCUCGCCGGGGGACGGCUUCGGGCACAAAUACGAUCUGUACUCGCGCGCGGGCACGCCCAUCGGCGGCGUCCCGCACAAGGCGCCGGUGCCGCCUCUGCAACUGCAAAAGCCGCAGCAGCGGCCCAGCAACCCCCGUUAUGGGCACCGACCUGCUCCUCCUCCUCCGCCGCCGCCGCCAACCAGUACUGCCGCCGCCGCCGCCACCGCCGCCACCGAGCCGUCAGUGUACGACGCCGAUCUCAGUGUGCACGGCGGCAAUGCCGUACUGCUGUAUGACGGCAGCCAGCACCAUGAGCAGGUACUACAGGCGUACGGCAUGCUACAGCCCAUGUCCCGCGACUCGCCCGUCAGCCGUGGCAGCAGUGUCAGCUGCAACGGCGGCGGUAAGGCCGGCGGCGCCGCCGCCGCACCGGCCCCUGCACACGGCCAUGGUCACGCCCAUGGAGCUACAGCCGCUGCCGCCGCUAGUGCGGGCGGCGAUGAAGCCGGCAGCAACACGCAGCCAUGCUACAGCCGCAGCGGCAGCGGCGCCAGCGGCGCCGCAGCCGCAGCCGCGGACGGCUGCGGCAGCCUGGUGGGCGCCGGCGGCAGCCGCCGCGGCCUGCGCGCUUGCGCCAGCCUGCGCCAUGCGCCGUCGCCCCCACUGCCUCUGCCGCCUGCCCAGGUGCUGACCGACUUGGAGACGGAUGUUGAGGCCGAUGCGGAGGUUAUGGUGGAGGCCGAGGUGUAUGAGGAAGACGCGGCCAUGGCCGCUCUGCACCUGGCGCAGUCGUUGACGCUCGCCCAGUCGCCGCAGGCGCAACCGCAGCAGCAGUCGGCAUCACUGCACGGCAGCGACGGCACGGUCGCCAGGGCACGCCACGGCAGCCUCGCGCGCGCACCUGUGCCACCUGUGCCGGCUGCGCCGGCGCCCGCCGCGCGCACGCUGGAGAGCGCCUUUGCGAACGCGAGCGCGCAGGCGCAGCCGAACGCGCGGCCGCAGGCGCCGCCCCCCGACGGCCUGAGCCGCACCAGGAGUGAGCGUGCUGGCGGUGACGCCAGCCCCUGGACCACUGCCGCCGCCGCCAGUCCAUGGACCACCGCCGCCGCGGGUGCUGCCACGGUUGUGGAGCGCAAGGCCCGCGGUGUUGUGGCGGACGGCCGGGUGCGUGGCGGCACCACCUUCCGCACUUUCCUGUCCCAGAACCCCAGCCACCCCGGAGGCGCCGCCGCACACGUCAAGCUCGGCGGCGGCGGCUCGGGCGCAGGCCUUAACGUCGGCACUGAUGUGGACGUGCCCAUCUUUGACGUGCUACAGCGAGCCGCACCCGGCAGUGGGCAGCAGCACGCGCUGCCGCUGCGACAGCCGCCGGUGCGACAGCCGCCGCCGGUGCUGCAGCUGCCGCCGGUGCUGCAGCCUGCCUUUGGCUCCACGCUGAUGCCGGCGGCUUCCUCGCCGUCGCCGCUGACGCGCACGCCCACGCAGGACCUGGCGGACUCGGACGAGUAUGUGGGUGACACGCUGCCGCCGCCACACCGCCGCGUCCGCCCGCGCCGCCACACCGACGCGACGGGCGGCGGCGAUGGUGCCGCCUACGGCGGCCCAGUGUGGGCCCCGAGCUCGAGCGCCUCUCCCAUGUACGCCGCGGCCGCGACUCCGACUGGCUACGGGCCGCGGCUGCAUGUCGGCAAUGGCGGCGGCGGCGGUGGCGGUCGGCGGGGCCCACAGCGUGUCGGCAGCACCACCGGCGGCCGCGGCAGCGCCUCUAACGGCGCCGGCGCAAGCGGGCAUGUGUGGGGCUCCGGCCUGAGCGACAGCAACGCCAGCGAUGGCGGCGGCGCCGAGCUUGACGUCGCCGCUCGGCUGCAGCCGGGCAGCGGUGUCGCCCCAGCUGGCGCUGCUGGCGCGGCGCCGCUUGCGGCGCCCGCUGCCACCGACUGGCUCCACGGCUACCUGCCCGGCUCUUUGUCUCGUGACUCGGGUAUGGUCUUGCCCUGAUACCGCUGACGACUUGCGAUAACUAUGAAGUUGCGUUCUUUGUGCAUAUAUCUUGGCGUGCGAAAGGGCCUGUAGCAGCCGCAGAUGUGACAUGUAGAUACUUGCUGUUUUUGAAAUCUGUGCCGGUCCUGUGGGCCUUGGCAAAGCGGACGCAGUACAUAUUGACAGCAGGUGUGACGUAGCGUGGUAACAGAGGCUCUAAGGGAUGUUUGACAGCGCACUAUCAUUACGUUUCCUAUCGAAGGACCGCCAACAGGGCGAACCCGUUCCCAGGCCGCGCUGCAGCCGGCCCCUUCAACACCCCUCAUCGUCAUUAGUCAUGAUUGAGACUGCAGGCACGGACUGCAGGCCCCAAUCUCUAAAAUGCGCUACCGCGGCAAUGCGAUGCAAGGCAUAGCAAACCGGACCGGGACUCUAUUUGCUGCUUUUUUGCGGGGAAACGUUUUCCCACGGCUGGCGUGGUGUCACAGCUGCCUAAGAGGCAGGCAGUGCGCCACAAGUAGAUGCACUUGAUGCUGUGGCAAGGCAUAAGGGCAGCAGGUCGCGUGUUGGACAUGUGGGUGUGAAGCCUUUCGGGCGGGCCGGAGCGUGCGUAGCAGGUGCGAUGGAAAGCGGGUAGCGUGGAGGCUACAUGCCCCUUCGGACACAACGCAGGCGUUAGCGGGAGGAGCAGGUGUGUGCGGGAGGACAGACAACAUUGGUCACAACAGGACACACGGACACGGGCACGGGGUGGGAGCCCAGUGGGGGCCAGGUCGGGGUGCAGGUCGUUGCGGUCCGCAUGAAUCCAAGUUGGUUUCUUGCCCGUACGUGUGGACUGUGCAUUUUGGUGGUUAAUGGGCUAUGAUCCCAUGACUAUAAGUACCGGAAAGCGGUUACUGCGAAUUGCAGGAGGGCGCGACGAUGGUUGCGCAUUGUCGGGUAUGCUUAUGAGGAUGCGGAUGAGGUGUUGCAUACCCCCCCCCCCCCCGCGCGAACGGCUGGGCCCCACUUGCUGGCGCAUGAUAUGGACCGGCAUGUCAAGGACGCCGUGUUUCGGGGCCAGUUUUUGUAGGUUUCCAUGUUGACGUGUUGCGCCCUUGCCUGCCCUUUUGGGCCGGCUGUUCAGUGUUUGUCCAAUGGUGUUCGUCCUGCAGCAUCCUGCGCAUGCGUGUCAAGUGCGCUCGUGUGUCUGCUGUUUUCUUUCUGACUCGCACGUUUAGCAUGCGUUGCUGAGGGUUUCUUUUAAUGAAUGGCUUGAAUUGCAGGUGUAUACAUUCGUGUGCAGGUGUGUUGCGGUGCUUCGCGCAGCAGGAUGAGGUGCAGCAGGGUGAGUCAGCAGCGGUGCCCCUGUGAGGCAGCGGCCCCCGCUCACCCGAUAAAGCCUUACAGGCCGUAGUGUUGUUCACAACAAUCCCCUUACAACAAGGUACAAUGGGUAUACACCACACAAACUUGGGGCAUGGCCCGCAAAUGCUUGAACAUGGUAGCGGCGGCCUUCGUUGAGUUGCAGCUGACAUGCGGCGCUGCAGUGUCGCAGUGUUGCACGCUGUGCAUGUCGGAAGGCAUUACUAGCUGUUGACUUGAGCCGUGCUGUUGUUGACUUGAGCCGUGCUAUUGUUAGUAAGAGCAAUGAAUUAUAUAAUAAGAAGGUCGCGCGUGAAGCGUGUGAGCGCUGAUGUGCCAUUUGUGGUGAACCGGGUGGCUGUGUGGUGUGUCGGGCAAUGUGGCAGUGGCCGUUACUCACAGGGGCGUGACGACGUGGGGCGUCCCAGGCCGCUGGGUCCUUGCUGGACGUAGAUAGACCGACAACGACCAUGACGCAGGUACAUAGCAACUUGAGGGCUUGGGCGAGAACGUACAUACAAUGGGAGAUGGUGGGAACUGGGGACAUAGCCACGGGACACAGCACAGGGCGCCACAGCUUGCGACCCGCCCGCUGUCGUGUCAUUGAUGCGGGAAGGGUGCGGCCUGCGCUGUAAUCGACUGCCACA